UGAAUUGCAGAAGUUCUGGUAAAACAAUGCAACUUAACCGACCGUUGAUAGUGCAAUGAUCUUAUCGUUCAAGUGAUGGAUUCUCGAUACACUCUUAAUAUAAUAUGUUUCAACCUAAGUGUUUCGUAUUUUUUGCUCUAGCAAACAGAAAUUUAAAGGUAUAUCAGAAGUAAGCCAGCAUUUGAUUUUACAUUUGUCUUACAAUACAGUACUAUUUAUAUUAUGGCGAUAACACCUGCUGGUUCGUCUGCUAUCUUUAGGGCAGCGUUUAUGAUUUUAUCUUUGGCCUUUAUCUUGCUGGUUAUUGGAUUUGUAACGCCGAAUUGGACGGAAGAAAUAAUCGGAAACCUUUUGACAUCUACGACAGGAUUAUGGAAAACUUGUACGGAAGUUGCGGGUGCAGGAGAAAAUUGUGGAGACAGCAUUUUUGACGGAGAAGGCUGGUAUGUAGCUGUACAAACAUUUGAAGCCCUUGGUCUGGCCUGUCUUUCUCUUGUGCUUAUCAUGUCCACCGUGCUAUUGGUAGCUGUUUCUAACCAUCGACUGGCCAGGGUCAAUAUCUACACCAGUAUGUUUGCAGGCAUAUUCAUUAUCAUCGGUACGGGGACGUACACAUACAAGUCCGAAUUUGAGCACAUUGGAUAUUCCUGUUGGGCGUCUUGGUUUUCUUCAGUAACUCUCGUGGUAGCUAUUAUUCUUCUCGAGUGUGCGCGUAAAAAGGCACACCAGAGAGCGAUGUCCCUCACACACUCGGACGUUAUUUCCGAUCAAACGCACGGUCACCAUAGUUACCCGAUGCAAGAUCUGUCACCUACAAGUAAACAUACGAAUUAGCCGUCGGAGGUACGUCACGCAGACAUCCUUACCCAAGGACAGUCCAGACGCCCAGAUUUGUCUGGAAAAGACUGCAACUUAACUGCGAUGACAACAUAUUGCUUGUUAGAUAACAUCUGAUCCAUUUUCUCGGAUAAGCCACGGGAAACAGAUCUACACUAAAGUGUCUGUUGCUGUUGUAAUUGCAUAUUAGUAUAAAUAGCAUGUGGUACGUUUGAGAUAAAGUCUAAAUAUGUAGGUACGCUCAUAAUAGUUUCUUCUUUCAUUUUUUCAUGUCCAAGUGCAACAUAAAACCAAAACAUCC